AUGAUGGAUGAGGGAGAAAUAACAGGGGAGGGAAGCAGAAAACAAGCCAAAAAUAUUAUGAGCACAACGCUGUUUCUCACGGCGGGCGAUCGACGCCGCCAUUGGCUACUAAGUUACCCACUGAAGGUGACACCCGUUUCCGCUGAAUAUGCUGCGUGCAUAUCUGUCGGGCUCUUUUUUGUUGGUUUGUUUGUUUCCCGCACAUUUAUUUCUCCGUGCCGCCUGACCCACUCGUUUAUUAUUCCCCUCUCCGUUUUUGUGCGUGCACCGAGAGAAGGGCUCGGGGACAUGAAGUGCGCUCCCCUUCUGUGA